GCGGGUCGGUGAGAGAGUAGGAGUCGUCGACGCGGUUGCCUUUCCUCUGGGCGUUGAAGGCGCCCGCGAAGUAGUUGGUUGUGAAGUGAAAGCAAUAGCCACCCAAAGAGAAGCCCCGGAUCAUAGCUGGCGAGAUGGCUGGCGCCAAGCACUCUUUCGAGCGGCCUCAGCCGGGUCGCUAUGCUGCCUGGGGAGCCAACCGGCCGCCCCGAGGGCCAUCCAUCCAGGUUGAGGCAAUAAAUUGUUGCCAGAGAUGUUGCAGAGGCUGCAUCGGUAGGUCAAUAGUGGUUGCCAGGCGGCAAAGGAGGUGGUGGGUGGCCAGCAUGAUUGGCGUCGACACGUCCUCGCGCCGGCCGACAGAAAUUGGCCACCCGCGCCAGACCAAGGCGAGCACAUAGGUGCGCAGCUGCCGGCCCGUGCCGUGACCUUGGGGAGUCGGAGGCCUGCGAGAUAUGAGAGGUGCAUGAACUGCUCUCUCUGACCUCACACUUGAGCAUGGUUUGCAAAAUCAAGGCCGUCGGGCAAGUUGAUUGGUUGACAGCAGACGCCUCCAACCACCCCCACCCAAGCAUUGUAGAUUGCGCAACCUGCGGGGUAAUGCCCGACGGUCGAUCUCACAUCGAAUCAAGGCAUUGAGGAUUCCUUGUCCAUUCGUGGUCGGUAGGAAGAGCAAUUGAGUUUCGGUCGCUGGGCUGGAUGCGCAAAUGUGUAAGGGUUGGCCGAUGUGGGGAUUGCGGGGUGGCGGUGGCUGAGGAGACUCCAGCUCGACAAGGGACUGAGGACCCGGAGGAAGACCCUGAGUAGGAAGGAGAGUGGGCAGGCACCGAGGAUGGAAUGGAGGCCAAGGAAUCGACGCUUGGAGAGGCAAUAUUGGGCCUACCAAAUGGUUGUUUAUGUGUCGCAUGUGUAUGAUCUUGAGGGCAAGGGCGAGGUGCACGUUGCAGUGAAGCCAUGAUGCCUAGUCCUGGCCUCACUUGAUGGAAUUGAACGACGGAGCCGCAGUUGGCGGGGUCGACCAAGGACGGGAAUUGGCUACCUAGCUAGCAUGCAAGGCUACAAAUAUCGGGCGAGAAUGCUGAUGUGAAGAGGCUGAUGGUCGAGAGUAUUUCGAGGGGUUUGCCCACAUGUCAUCUGUCAGCCUACCCACAAAGUAGGGAAAAAUUCCUGCCUAGCUCGGGUACCAUUCCCGGUACCGUACCGUACCCCAGGCAGGCUAUCCCCUUGAGUGAUGGAUGGCUCGGCUCUGCGUGCAGAUGUUGAGUAUAGGAGUAGGGCGAGUAUAAAAAGGUGGCUGCCCGGUAACUUAGAAAGCCCGGUCUCAUUCCCUUUUUCUUUCAUUCCUUUCAUGGUUGCGUAUUUGCGACGUGAGCCUGUGGUGCACUGUUGUGGUGAAUGUGUUUGGAGGGAAAGUGAAAGCGGGCGGGCUUGCCGUCUCGUUCUUUUUGGCGAACCAUUGCAUGCGGCCCAUUGAGCCGCACGUCGUCGCCUUGUUUCGCUUGCAGCACUAGUCUUGCAGGGGCUUGUACACGCGAACCAUGGCGGACGGAGGGGUGUGAGGUGGGGAGAGGGGGGUGGUCCUAACUAGGCACCGUACCUAAACUGUACCUCUACAGAAAUUAGCAGCCUGAUAAAGAUUGGCGCCCCGUGAAGAUGGGCGCCCACAAUUUAUAUCCCUAACAAGCAUUUUUGCUACCUCCAUGCGAGCCAUCGUCCGCACGCUUAGAGCGCUCCUCAACGCUUAUAUGUUCAAAGGAAUCUGUCGAUGUCGAGG